CUCUUACUUUGAUUUCUCUCUUUCUCUCUCUUGUACUUCCCUCAUUUCUACCUCUACUCUUAUUCCAGAAAACCCAGUGCUAUAAACUUCAUUUCUAUUAUCCAUAUAUAGUUCUUAAAACCUCUGUUAGAUUGAAAAGGAUUUUCAUUAAGUUUACUUGUUACUUUAGGUGAAUAAUCAAUUAUCAUUUUUAUUAUGGAAAUUUCUGCAUGUAUAUAAAAGUAGACAAAGGUAAAAAUAAACAAAAUUACUAAUUAAAUGAGAGGAUCUCUUACAAAUAUAUUAGUUACACAAAAACUACACUGCUUUUUAUGAUUCUUUUGUGACUGUUUCCACACUUAAUUCUUUUAUUUUACUGACUGGCCAGGUCAUUUUCUUCUAUGGCAGAAGAAAAUAAGACACAGGUGACGGAGUUUGUUCUCAUGGGACUUACAGAUCUUCCAAGGCUGCAGGUCCCCCUGUUCCUGGUGUUCUUGGUCAUCUAUCUCACCACCAUGGUGGGCAACCUUGGUCUGGUUGCUCUCAUCUGGAAGGACACCCACCUUCACAACCCCAUGUACUUAUUCCUCGGCAGUUUGGCCUUUGCAGAUGCCUGUACUUCAUCCUCUGUAACUCCCAGGAUGCUUGUAAAUUUUUUAUCCAAGAAUCAUGUGAUAUCUCUUUCUGACUGUCUGGCUCAGUUUUACAUUUUUGGUUCCAGUGCCACCACAGAGUGCUUCCUCCUGGUAGUGAUGGCCUAUGACCGCUAUGUAGCCAUUUGCAACCCUUUGCUUUAUCCAGUCGUGAUGUCCAAUAACCUCUGUACUCAGUUCAUUGGCGUUUCAUAUUUUAUUGGUUUUCUACAUUCGGCAAUUCAUGUGGGUUUGUUAUUUAGAUUAACUUUCUGCAGGUCCAAUGAAAUACAUUGUUUCUACUGUGAAAUUAUACAACUUUUCAAAAUUUCUUGCACUGAUCCUACAGUUAAUACACUUCUGGUUUUAGUCUUUUCCGCCUUUGUACAAGUCUUCACUUUUACGACCAUCAUGGUGUCUUAUACCCGUGUCCUCUUUGCCAUCCUGAAAAAGAAGUCUGAAAAGGGCAGGAGCAGAGCCUUCUCCACGUGCAGCGCCCACCUGCUCUCUGUCUCUUUGUUCUAUGGCACUCUCUUCUUCAUGUAUGUGCGUCCUGGGUCUGGCUACACUGAAGAUCAUGAUAAAAUUUAUUCUUUAUUUUACACAAUAAUAAUUCCUCUGCUAAAUCCUUUUAUUUACAGCUUGAGGAACAAAGAGGUUAUAGGUGCCUUGAGAAGAAUAAUGAAGAAAUAA